GAUUGACCUGAGCCGUCAUGACCUCCCCACAAAGUGCAUACCGUUCAGUCGUCCGGGAGCUCAACAGAGCCUUGACAUCAGCACCGGCCACAAGGUCAAAGACAAUAGCGAAAAACUUCCGCGCUGUCAUCGAGAACGGCCGCCAAAGCAAUCCUCAGCACUUCGACCACGACCUGGCGAACGCGCUAACGUUCAUGCGAUCACAGAGAAUGCACAAGAUGCUCCUGGAACGUUAUAACCCGCUGCACGAUAUGUCGACUGAGGAGCGUGUCAAAGCCACAGCGCGCCGCGUUGGUCUUGACAUGCCCGUACGAGAGAAUGGCGGCGAAGGCCAAUAGAGCUGAUCAUUCCUCAGUGAUGAAUGCUGGCAACAGCAAGCUGAGCUCGAUCAGUGGCCAAGCGCAUGCAGCCCUGAAUGAGCAUAGCGGCAGGGAAAUAAGGGUGCCCUGCAAAUGCUAUGACAUGUACUGAGACUCGUCGCAUGUGACACACAAAU